AUUCCAGCAGACCCUUUCAUAAAGACGCUGAAAGCAAAACUGGCGAAUACAGAGAAUAAGGCUUCUACUCCGAAAAUGAACAAGCUACGGACUAAAGAAGAAAAAUCAAAAACAGGGUUGGAGAAA